UGACAUCUGACAUUUACGUGACAACACGUCGAAAAUGGCUGACUCGGGGCCAAGUAAAAGCGAUAUUGAAGCAGUUUUUCAAAGAUUACGAGCCAUACAGGCUAAUAAAGUAUGUUUCGACUGCAACGCGAAGAAUCCUACGUGGUCGUCGGUGACGUACGGGGUGUUCAUCUGCCUGGACUGCUCCGCCGUGCACCGCAGCCUCGGCGUGCACCUCACGUUCGUGCGCUCCACGCAGCUCGAUACCAACUGGACAUGGAAGCAGCUGCGCAACAUGCAGCUGGGCGGGAAUGCCAACGCCACUCAGUACUUCCGCACAAACGGCCUGAAGACGGAGGACGCGCGGCAGAAGUACAGCUCGCGCGUGGCCGAGAUGUACCGACAGAAGCUCAGCACCAUGUCUGAGCAGGCCAUGAACACCUAUGGGACCAAGCUCCACAUAGACCCCGCGCCAGCAGAGGCGAAGGAAACAAAGGAGGUAGAGUCGGAUUGGUUUGCUGAGACCACCGCCACCUCACUCGGCACUAACUCUAACCUGCAUGCCCCACCCCAGGUGGACAACAAACCAGAGGCGCUGAGCUCCGGACAGCGACUGUGGGAGUCGCCCGCGCAGUCUACUGCACGCAAACCUCAGCCCAAGCGAACCACGUUGGGAGCCCGCAAAGGCGGCCUAGGCGCCACCAAGGUCGCCGCCAACUUCGAGGACAUGGAGCGCGAAGCCAUGAUGGCCGAGAAGCUGAAGGCCGAAGCGACACAAUCACAGUCGACCGCCGGCAUCGAGCAAGUAGAGCAGGAGGUGGCGAGUCUGCGGCUGGCGUACAAUGCGGCCCCCCGCAAGGCGGAGGCCGACCGGCUCGGGAUAGCUGCGGCUCACAGGGGGACCUCACACGGUGUAUCACAUUCUGCCACGUCCGAUAUGACAAUAAUAGAACAGGAGGGCUCGCCGGCGCACAACACGAGGUCUACGCUGGACGAACUCGAUGACUUCAACUCUGUCUUCACAAUGAUCAGGAACGAGCCAUACAGCACCGGCCGCGGUCUGGACUCGCUGCUCGGCGACGCGCACGCGCACGCGCACGCGCACGCGCAAGGACGCGCGCGCGCGCUGUCCGCGUCGUGGGAGAACAUCGAGCCGGAACCGUCGCGCACGGUCCACACCAUGUUCUCCCCCACGGAGGAGCGCUCCCCCGCCCCCGCGCCCGCCCCCGGCCCCGGCCCGGGCCGGUCCCGCGGCGCGCGCAGGCCUCCGGCCGCGGAGGACGACUCGGCCGUCAAGAAGUUCGGCUCCGCCAAGGCUAUUAGCUCGCAGCAGUUCUUUGGCGAACAGGACAACCGAUUCGAGCGCGACGCAAACCUGUCCCGCUUCCAGGGCAGCAGCAGCAUCAGCUCCGCCGAAUACUUCGGCCGCCCCGAGCGCACUCCCCAGCCCUCCUUCGCCGUCUCGGCGCCUCAGCUCGAUGAGGUGCGCGAGUCCGUCCGCGCCGGCGUGACCCGCGUGGCGGGGCGGCUCUCCUCGCUCGCCACCGGCGUCGUGUCCUCCAUCCAGGAGCGCUACGGCUACUGAUGUCGCCUCUUUAUAAUAUAUACAGUAUACAGCAUACAGCGAGCGAGCGGGACACAACCAUAUAUUAUAUCACACGCACGAUCUGUUGCAGACCCGACUUAAUAAUUGUAUUUUAACAUAACGAAGAUUACGGGCUAUUUAAGAGUUCUCUGCCUUUUCGCCGAAAAUUGUAUUGCAGAAUUUCACUUGGCAACCAACUUUUCGCCAAAGUUUCAUUUGGGCGAAUUUCAUUUCCCAACUCCCAAACCCAACCUAGUACGUCAUUUUCAUUUCGCAACUAUGGGGUUGGGAAAUGAAAUGGUUGCGAAAUAAUUAUUUGGUAACGGUUGGUUUGUCAAAUGAAACUUUGGCGAAAAGUUAGUUGCCAAGUGAAAUUCGGCAAUACAAUUUUCGGCAAAAAGAGAGUACAGCAUAUUUAAGCCAUAGACAAAGACACAGUAAAACGCGAAAAGUAGUGAAAAAAAAAACUGAAUUGGCAGCCGUUAUUGCUUGAUAACCUAGUACCGUCUACUUCCAAUUAUCUGCUGUCGUUUUGUCUACGGUGAAAUCGAGCGUUAAUCUUACGAAUAUACAAUAUGUAACAUGAUUGUUGUAAAUGUGAAUAUUAUGAUAUUAAAAGUGGCACAUACUGGUAUUCGACAGUUGACAUUAAAGCGUUUAUAAAAAACAAAUGCAAAAUGUACUGUGAAAUCGCAUUUAUUAACAUUCUAUAUCUAACAUUGAGUUUAAAUAUUAUUAGUCAACAAGCCUAUAAUGGUCACUCUUUCAUCGUCUGUUAUUGUGCCAUUGUGGUCGUGCGUUCUAUAAAUAAUGUGAGUGCGAAAGAACCAUAUAUUUCGCUAAGUAUUGAAACUGUGUAAGUUAUUUAAAAAAACACGUAAUCGCUCUUAGAUCUUCUGUCGCCUGCCAGCUUCCAGAAGUUCACGAAAAAAUCACGAAUCACUAUGUAAAUAUUGUAAUAUAACAUUUGUAUAUCAUAUAUAGUUCUAAACAGCCACUACUCAGAAAUACAGUCGAGUAGAAAAUAACAGUAAAAUGUAUUUUGAGAAAGCAAUGGCAAAUAUAACUCCUGUAAUAACAAUAACGUAUCGAAUUAUUAUUUACUUGACUGUAUUAUUGCUCAAAUUGGGGUUCUGGUCGGUGGCUACCAUAUCUUUCACGUAGAUUGCUAAAAAUUUUCAUCACACUUGCUUGUAAUGUAUGUUUUUCCACGCAUGCGUACAGGGAGAGGGAAUAAUAGAUUUUUCUUUUGAAUCUAUGUAUUAAUAAGUUUUACUGUAUUAAAGUGUAGCACUCAUACAUUUUAUUUAACUAAGUUGGAAACACUGUUAAAAUUAUAUCAAUCACUUAUGAUACAAAGUAUGGUUAAUUAUCGAACGUGUUAAACGUGCCUGUAUAAUGAAAUGUAUGAAUGAGUCUUUGCCUGGAUACUUCAUGUCAAAAAUUACCAAAAUGGCGGACCAAAUGUAUUCUUUGUGUACCUUCUUCUUUCUCUUUUCCUGUUACCCCCUGCUGGGGUGUAGGGCUCGAAUCUUAAUCUUUAUGUACCUAAGGUUUUUAGUCCACUAAGCAAAAUGUGAGACGCAAAUACACAUUGGACUAAGUAAUUGUACAGGUGGAAAUUACUACCCUAAUUAACAUUAUUUUGGCUUAAAAAUGUAUAUCAUCACAAGUGUGAUGAAAAAUAUCAUUUGCAGAUGUAAUUAUAAUCAUCAUUUUGUGUUAGUCUGUGGCGAUAACUGUAACCUUAUUACUGUGAGAAUGUCUAUGUUCAGUUAAGAGUUGGUGUUAGGUCACCGUGGGGCAUUAUUGUUUGAUUGUUUGUUGCAUUCCUUGAUGUUUAACGCACAACCCUUUAUGUGUGUGUGUGUGUGUGGUUCAGAAAAUGGCAGCAAUUGCUAUGCGUAUGUUCAAAAAGAAAAAAACUCGGGAUUACUUUCUCAUAAGGGCUUGUACUGCCAAAUAAUAUUUGGCACAGCGAAGCGUGAAAAUACAUCUGACACAAUUUAUUUCAAAGAAACAUUUUAUAACCAGUUUUUGUAGUCACAGAAGCGUGUCAUAUUUUUGUGCGUUUCGUUGCGUUGAUUUCCACUUCGCGUCGCUAAUUCUGCUGCUCACUGUACAUUAACGCCCACUCUACACGACACAGCUUGACCCUUGAUGUCCCCCCUGGAUGCGUCAACGACGUUUAUAACCUCAAAAUUCAAAUAAGGUUUAUAUUAGCUCGCUUACGCCCAUAAUCUUGGCGUGUGAGAGAUGUCAUUCCAGAUCUAGAGCAGAGCCCAACUGGGGAAGUACCUCCACCUUACAGAAAACUGCAGCCAAAUAACACUAGACCCUACUCAUAGUGUUGUGUUCCUGCCGGUGAGUAAGGUUGCCAGAGCUCAACGAGGGAGAGGAGUGUUAGGGUCGGCAACGCGCAUGUAACUCCUCUGGAGUUGCAGGCGUACAUAGGCUACGGUGACUGCUUAACAUCAGGCGGGCCGUAUGCUUGUUUGCCACCGACGUAGUAUAACAAAAAAAUGUUUUUGUAUAAGUUAUGUCCCUAUGACGUUCAAAGGGUACAGUCAAGUUGUUUCGUGGAGAGGGGCGUAUAAAUUAGUUUUAUAUUUAUUUUAACGCAAUCAUUUGGUGAUAGGAGGCGCGUCGCUCACAGCUGGAUAAACCUUUUCGACGUCGUGUCAAACACAAAAGCUGUCACUCGGACGCCACGUCACCGAAGUGUCAAAACUGAAAUUGAACUUUAUGCACACGCACGUAGGUCUAUGUUGCUCUGUGGUCUUUGACCGAUUAAUCCGUCUUUGGCGUUGGACCUGCGGUGCCGAUAUAUCCGUCAUUGGCGUCCAAAAGGUAAAACAUUUUAUGUUAUAAAAAUAUAAUCCAAACACAAUCAAUUCACUGCCCAUUUCUAGUUUACAGUUAUCUUUGCAGGCAUAUUAUCCGUCCCUUACAAACCAUAAAAUUUUCAUACGAGAUAAAAAAAAAGUUUACAUAUUAUUGACUGCAUCAGCUGUGAGCGAGACGCGCUAUAGCUGUACGUUAUCGUUAGUUGUAUUGUACGCAUUUAGUUCAUUGUAAUUAUUCCCUAUCCUAUAGCUCCCACUCUCAACUCUACCCCCAUAUCCGUAAUGUUCAAAGUCGAUUGUCGGGAGCUAUUGACGGCAUUGUCUCGUACAGUCGCCAUCAGAUAUAUCGGAGCGGCCGAGGUGUUCAAAAAUAUAUGAACACGCACUCUAACGCCUCGACAAUAAGGCGUGUUCAGACAUUUGUGAGCACCUCGGCCGCUGCGAUAUAUCUGAUGGCAACUGUACUAACUCUGUUAACUGAAUUUGAACCUUACUGCAAGAUCAUAGGGUCCAAUGGUCAGUUAGCACUGUUAGUAUUAUUUUGUAUUAAUAAGUAGUUUACAUGGAUGGUGAAGUGCAAUGAGAAUAGUUUAUGUAGUCGAUUCGCCUCGCGUUCUCCGACUUGUUUUCCACAAUUAUUUGAUUAUUUGUGAACUUUAUUGUGAAGACAUUAAGGUUUACUAUUGGUCACUUAGGACUGUACCAUCGUAUGUUAACUGACGAUGUCUACGAUGGCCAGUUAAAUGUUGAACUACCCCCUUAUUCAUAAACGUCUUACUAAAGUUGAGACGCCGCUAAUAAUCGUUUGUCCCUUUCUAUCAUACCAAUACGUCGGAAAGGGACACGAUUAUUAGCGGCUUGACAACUUUAGUAGACGUUUAUGAAUAAGGGGGUUAGUAUUUACUUACAACUAUAGUCGUCUACUUGCUCCUGGUGUCUGUAAGUGGCAUACAAAUAAGUAGUAUUAACCUUUCAUGUGUGUCUCGGGCCCGUUUCUCAAAAGCUUGUAACUUGUAAUACAAGCGGAUGUCACUUUUUGACUGUAAUCUGUAUAGAGCAGAAUAAUAUGACUCAAAAUUGGGUCAGAAUCCUUCUCAUACACAGACAAGAGGUUGAUGAAAUGAAUUGUCGUUAUAGCUAGCAUAAUCCUUACUGUUUUAUUUUAAUACAUUUGUAUAGAAUUAAGGUAUUUUUGAUUUUCACAAGAUAUUAAUAUGACUUGCUCGAACCAUUCGUUAGUAUUUAGACACAUGCAUAGGAGAGGCGCGCGGCGGUCGAGCAAUCUCUUCCAGACAACGCGAGGAGUAAUUGUUUGGCAUUUCCUUGAGCAGUUAUUAACGAUUGUGUAAAAUAAUGAUAAUCAUAGUUUUGUUUUUAGAAAAUGAUUAUUGAUAUAAAUAUACAAAAUUAUAUUUGCAAA